AUGAGACAAACUUGUCAGACUUAUCCAUUUAGUUUAACAAAUCAUGAAACUUGUGCCAUAUCAAAAAUACUUUUCUGCGCUCUUUCGCUCCACUUCCAUCAUAAAAUUUAUGUUCUCCAUGAUGAUGAUUAUGUAGUUAUAGCUUUACCUUUUGAUGAUGUUACAGACAAUCUCAGUCUGAUGCGAAGAAAGAAAACGAAGGAAAAAAAGGCAAAGAAGCAAGCAAAGCGGCCAAAAGAUAAGCGGCAAAGAUGUGUGAUGAAAAAUUCAAUAGGAUUUGCUUUUGCUGUUGUUUUUUUCUCAUGUAACUUUUUCUUGGGAUUUAUGGGUGAAUCUUUUUUAGAUCAUAAAAACAAACUUCGUCAAGGGAUUUUUGUAUCAGAUGUCAAAAGUUUUCUUUCUUCUCAAGCUAUUAAGCUUGUUCAUAUGAGAAGGAAACAGCUUUUGUCAUCUUCCGUAUUCAAAACAAGGAUAAAAAAUCCUGAAGAAGAAAAAUGUAGCAAAGCAUAA